AACGGUCACAGAAAAAGAGAAAAUACGUUCCCAAGUUCAGAGUCAAUAAAUAUAAAGUCAACGUGCCUGGGUGUCAAUAUUUGGAUAGUGAACUCAUUAGCUAUAAAGGACUGACAAAUAAAUCGUGGAUAUAGUAGAAAUCCUUUAACAUGAUGAAGAGAUUGCUGUUUUGUAUAGUGUUCCUGGUUUUACACCUUCAAAUCCAGGCACAAACCACGCUUAGCUACGAACAAGCUCGCCAGGCUGUUCUCUUAGCGGAGGAGGAGCUCAUGACUGGUGGACACACAUAUCUAAACUCCCAGGAGGCCAAAGUCGAUGACAUAUUCAUGGAGUACAAACUGGGAGAGUUGUCCCAAGGAUUUCGAAAUGCAGAGCAGAAUGCAGCAGCCUUGCAUUUCUUUAAGGCCAAGCCACUGAUCGAUAGAAGCGGAGUCUUUCGUUUUCUGCAGAAGAUGCCUAAGGGAGCGGUGCUCCAUCUUCACAAUACCGCCUCCGUGAGUUCCAAGUGGGUAGUAGAUGAUUUAUCGUACAUGCCUGGAUUAUUGCGCUGCACUACAGCUACGGGACGGAGUGUUCUGACUUUUAGAAGGACACCUAAGGAGCACAAAUGUCAGUCGGAUUAUGUCCGAGUGUCUGAUGAGCGUCGCAACUCCUUGGAUCGCCGGAUCUAUGAUCAGAAUUUCGAAAGACUGAUCAACUUAUAUACCCCAGUUCCAGAGCUGGAGUUUCCUACAAUUACCCAAGUUUGGGAUCGGUUCCAGGAUAUGUUUGAUAUCAUAGGCGAUGCCCUAACCUAUUUGCCCGCCUUUCGAGCUUAUCACUGGCAAAUGCUGGAGGAGCUUUACAAUGAUAAUGUGAUGUAUGCUGAGAUUCGCACUAGUUGCAAAACGCUGUAUGACGCCAGUGGUCGAACUUUUUCCCGAGAGCGUACCAUCCGUGAACUGUACUCUCUAAAUGAGAAGUUUGUGAAGCUGCAUCCCGACUUUCUGGGAAUCAAAAUUAUUGUUGCAGUCUAUCGUGGCUAUGAAAUGGAUCAGCUUAGGGAAACAGUAGAAGAAUUCAGGCAUUUGCACCACGCACUGCCUCACUUUGUGGUGGGUUUUGACUUGGUGGGUCAGGAGGACAAGGGAAAGCCACUAUAUGCUCUAUUGUCUGCCCUGAGGGAUUUGCCGCCAACAGCUCGUCUUUUCCUGCACGGAGGAGAGACCAAUUGGUUCGGUGCCUCAACGGACAUCAAUCUUCUGGAUGCGCUGCUGCUUAACACCACUCGUAUUGGCCAUGGUUAUGCUCUGGCCAAGCAUCCGAUACUCCUAAAUGCCGUCAAGUCCCGUCAGAUUGCCGUGGAGGUUAGUCCCAUUUCGAACCAGGUGCUGCAUUUGGUUUGGGACCUCCGUAAUCAUCCAGGUGCCCAAUAUCUCUCUCUUGAUGUGCCCAUUGUGAUAUGCAGCGAUGAUCCUGGUUUCUGGAAUGCCAAGGGUUUGAGUUAUGAUUUUUACUAUGCCAUCAUGAGUCUGGCUCCUAACAAUGCGGGCUUAAGAAUUCUGAAGACUUUGGUGUGGAACUCGGUAAAGUUUUCCACGCUGACGGAGGAGGAAAAGACGCGAGCCUUCCAAAUUCUGGAGCUUACCUGGUCGAGAUUUAUAGACAAGGUUUUGGAGGGCAGUGUAUUUUAAGAGAACUUUUAAUG